GUGUUUGUCUGGUUACCCGCGGCGUGCGGUCGCCGCGAGCCUGCGGGCCGGUCGGGCGUUCGCCCGCGGUUCUAAAUUGGGUCAAUAAUCGAUGGGGAGACGCCCCUGGAAUGCUCGCGGUCGGCUCAUUCGGUGAUGUAGUUACCUUGCGGCCCAGCGUUCAGUGUCAGCGAGGAGUCCAAACCCUCGAAAGAGGCAGCACAUUUUCUAAAGGGUUGACUGAUUUCUGAGAAACAGUUUCUGAAAAGAAAUUGGUUUGGUCCAGAGCCAUGGGGAACCUGGUUACUGGCUCCCUUCUCUCAUUCUCGGUGGCACUGCUCCUGCCCCAGGCACCUGCCGCAGCCCAGGAUUUAACUCUUGAGAGCCAUUUAGGCAGUCCUCUCUCUCUCAUCGAAUACCAUCACUUCUUCGAACUAUUGACCCCAACCUGGAAGGCAGAGACUAUAUGUCGGCACCGUUUUAAUUAUGGCUGCUUGAACCCCAGCCUUCUCCAGCUGGAUAGACAAGAAAAUCACGGCUUGGUGCCUGAUGGGGUUGUGUGCUCCGACAUUCCUUAUGCCCCCAUGUUUGAAUCCUUCUGCCAGUUUGCCCAGUUUCGUUGUACCAACAAGAUCUUCUAUGCCAAGAGAGUACCAUGUGUGCAGCAUACCUCAAGCCUCUCACCAAACACUCUCCAAGAGGUAGACUCUGCCCUUGAGGGAUCGGCCAACACCAUGACCACCCCAGUCGCCACCCACACCAGAGCCUCCACCAUCACAGAAGGACAGACCUUCCAACCGAGGCCUGAGCUACUUUAUAAAAAUGUGGGGAAGCUGCUACAAUCCUUCCUAUCCCUGGGAGGUGGGUUGCUGAGGCAGGAACAAAAGCAGGAGGAGGGGCUGGAGCAAGAAGAGGAAGAGGAGGAGCAGGGAAAGCAGGAGUUGAAUGAGGCCAUAUCCCCCCAGAUGCCCAGGUUCACUGAAAACAGAAAUAGUGGCAGCCAGACCCAAGACAUGGAGACUUCACAACAGACUGAUUCUGCCUAAAGACAACCAGUGAUGUGUUAUGCAUGAAAACUCCUCAUUGGAUCAUGAUAAGAACACCACUUUCUGAUUAAGUAUAAUCAGUUACUCCCAUAUGCAGUAAAACUUCCCACUCCUCCUUGUAUACAAGUACCCCAGCCCCAGCUUUCUUAGCUCAGAAAAUAAAAAUCUCUGAAUUGACUCAC